UCCGACACACUCGCAAUUCUAUGGAGUAUUUUACGGAACAUCCCAAAGACGACAUGGACAUAGUGUGAAAUCAUAGCAUAUUGUACCGAUAGGAACUGCUCCUGCAACUAAACGGUUACGCGAUGUUUUUCUUAUUAACUUCGAAUUCGUCCUCACAAGAAACAUUUCUACCGGGAAAGAAAGUAUGAGAGGAGGAGGGAGAAAUGUCAGAGUUUAUUUUUUGGUGACAAAAGAAUCUCGCGCAUUCUUCUUAAUUCUUUUUACCGUCGGGCUGUACUUCAAAGGACAUUUGGACUAGCGUACUCAAGAGUGGAUGCGAUGACUUAGACGACAUGCGCCGUGUGUACUGGUUUGAGCGAUGCGCGUUAUUUGCUCCAGCUUUUUGCAGUUCUCUAAACAUUAAGUUCCAGGAAGCGAAGAAAGUCCUGAGAGAAUGUCGAGCCGUGGGUUGAAGCAUGAGCUGCCGGUGGAUUGCGUUUAGACUGGCAUAUCUGAUGUGUCCAUGGGAGUGUAUUGUGCUAAGCCUUCACUGCUGGGUUCUAGCCUCUGCUGCAGGGUCCCGUGAUGCUGUGGGUACAUUUGGGUGGCUCCUUUCGGACAAAGGGCCUUUUCAUCACUCUCAGGAAUUUGCAGACUUUGUGGAGAGGUACCAACAGGGCUUCACCACCAAGUACAAAAUUUACAGAGAGUUCGGACGCUGGAAGGUGAACAGCUUGGCUCUGGAAAGACAGGACAAUGGCAUUCCUUUGCCCCUCGACCCAGAGUUCAUGCAGACCAUCAGGCAACUGGGUCGUCGUCCUGCCAUUAGUACCAUCACUGAGAACAUCAUCAAGAAAUAUGGAACACACUUCCUGCUCUCAGCUACAUUGGGAGGUGAGGAGGCAUUAACAAUAUUUGUUGACAAGAGGAGGCUGAGCCGGACAGCAGACAUGAGUGACUCGAACAGUACGGCUGUGACUCUGGAAGCACUCCACCAGCUGGCUGCUUCAUACUUCAUAGACCGUGAGAGCACAUUGCGCAAGCUCCACCAUCUCCAGAUUGCCUCCACUGCCAUCAAGGUGACUGAAACAAGGACAGGUCCUCUAGGAUGCAGUAACUAUGACAACCUCGAUUCUGUCAGUUCAGUUCUGGUUCAAAGUCCUGAAAACAAGAUUCAUUUACAAGGUCUUCAGGCCAUUCUGCCGGGGUACCUGAGAAGCCGAUUUGUACAGGCAGCUCUCAGCUAUAUCAGCUGCCGCUCUGAGGGUGAUUUUAAGUGUAAUGACAAUGACUGCUGGUGUCAGUGCAGUGUGGAGUACCCCCAGUGCAACUGCCCUAGUGAAAACCUGGAAGCCAUGCAGGACAGCCUAAGACUCAUUAGAGAUUCCUGGACCCAAGCCAAUCUGGAGUUUGAGGAGUCAGAGGAGUUCCAGAAUUUUGUGAGGAGAUUACCAACUUUCUACACUCUGAACACAACUGCUGUCCAGUACUUUUGGAAAAUGGACCCGGGUAUUCACCAGCGCUUUCAAAUGCUGGAGGCCAGCACUCGACAGCUGUUCAGUAAAGCACAGAGAACAGUCAGCAAACUUUUCACCCUCAGUAAGCGGUGCCGAAUUCAGCCCAAAAUAUCUGUGCCCAGAGAGAGAUCUUUCAGCUACUGGCUGAACUACAUCCUUUCCAUUAUGUACUGCAGUGAGAACAACCAGAUAGGCACAUAUAUGGAAGAAACACGAGCCUGCUCCUGUCCGUAUGAUCCACCAUCCUGCCAGGGCAUCAUUCCAUGUAUGGUAGGCGAUGGGCCCCUUUGUGCCUCCUGCUCCUAUGAGAACCGCUCCCGGUGUGCCAGCUGCAACCCGGGGUACAUCCUGAGCCAGGGGACCUGUAGGAACAUCAUCCCAGACUCUACUGACAACUACAUUGGUUUUGAGACAGAUCUCCAAGACCUGGAGAUGCGUUAUCUCCUCCAGAAGCGAGAUGGGAGAAUUAGCAUUCAUGCCAUUUUUGUCAGCAAUGAUGUAAGGCUCAACAACUGGUUUGAUCCCUCGUGGAGGAAGAGGAUGCUCCUGACGCUGAAAAGCAACAAGUUUAAGUCCAGUCACGUCCACAUGCUCCUGGGACUCUCCCUCCAAAUCUGCCUUACUAAGAACAGCACCCUGGAACCUGUGCUGUCUGUCUACAUCAAUCCUUUUGGAGGCAGUCAUUCUGAGAGCUGGAUCAUGCCUAUAGACCAGAAAGAUUACCCUGACUGGGAGAGAACCAAAUUAGAUGUUCCACUUGACUGUUAUAACUGGACACUGACCCUGGGAAACAAGUGGAAGACAUUUUUUGAGACUGUACACAUAUACCUGAGGAGUCGUGUGAAAACAGUCUCAGCCCAAGGGAAUGGCACUGUCUAUUUUGAGCCUUUGGAGUACAUGGACUCCUCGCAGAAUCUGGGCUAUAUGAAAAUCAACAGCAUGCAGGUGUUUGGUUACAGUAUGCACUUUGAUCCAGACUCCAUCCAGGACUUGAUCCUUCAGCUGGACUAUCCAUACACACAUGGCUCACAGGAUUCAGCCCUGCUGCAGCUGCUGGAGAUCCGAGACCGGGUGAACCGACUCUCCCCUCCAGGCCAGCAGCCUCUGGACCUGUUCUCUUGUCUGUUGCGCCAUCGCCUAAAGCUCUCCAGUACUGAUGUAGUGCGAAUUCAGUCUGCUCUGCAGGCUUUCAGUGUCAAGCAACCCAACUCAAUGGAGUAUGAAACCACCAAACUAUGUAGCUAAUCGGGCACUUAAUGCUGUCAGUUUAGUUGUUUUUUUUCUCACUUUAAUAUAAAUACAAUCACACUUUGGAAAAUCUCUGAACUGUUUCUUGGGUCAUUAUUAUUAUUU